GGCGGCCGCACGAGGGCAGCACCGUCGCAGACGAUGUGUCGAGUGAAUGCGAUGCGCCGCCGGUCAGCGGGUGUGCGCGCCAAGAGGAGCGCAAGGUGGCGCCGGCGGACGGCUCUCCGGAGGGGGCGCUGCCGGAGGAAGAGGCGGCGGCGGCGGCGGUGGCGCUGGCGGACAUGUCUGUGAGUUUGACGAGCUUCGCGGGACCUGACGCAGACGUGCAGCGUAUGUUAAUGGAGGGCAGCAGUGACGAGGUGGCGCUCUACGACCGCCGCGUUGACGAGCCGGCUAGCUGUGAUAGCGAUGGUGUAGAGGCGCCGCCGGCAUGCGACCCUGGUCAUCGCGAGGAGUGCGCGGAGGACACGUCUGACGUAGAGUCGGCCGAUGAUACGGUCUGCGACAGUGACGAUGAAGAGUCGUCGUCGUCGUCCGACGACGGCGCGGUUACGGUCCCACGCUCGCUGUCGAUGGUGGCACCCUCUGCAAAGCGGCUGCGAGUGGGGGCGCUGCACGAGAGCGACCUGUGGCUGGAUAACAACACACUACUGUCGCUGAUGGUGGACAUUAUUGAGUUUGAGAAUGAACAGUUUUAUAAGCUGUUUCGUGCCUCCAGCAACCACACUGAGGGAGAGAUCCUGGUGAUCUACCUGAUGCUAACCAAUCGCUGUCUGUACUUCCUGAGACAGUCCAGCGAGCCGGGCAAGUUCUACAAAGACGCAGUCAUGCAGUACAAAGAGCUAGAUUAUGUAUCUCUGAGCAUGAACUACCAGACGCUGACGCUCGUCUGCCGCAACGAGCGGCGGCAGUUCUGUGUGUGCACGGCGGACGAGAACCUGACGCGCGCCGUCGUCUCCAGUCUCGAGAUCGCGAUCCGACGCAGCCCGCACGUCAAGCACCUGCCCAACGUGCUCACCGACGCUACCGCCCAGAAGGGGGCGCUGCGCAAGUGGGUCGCAAAGGAGUGUGGCUGCGAGUCAUCCAAAGUGGCACUGAAGCACUACGCACUGAUUCACUGGGAGAACCUGGACGCAUUUCUAGGCACGCACUCAAAGACGACCGACUGUGAGGGACAGCGGAUGUUCCUUGAUACGGCCGACUACCUGAGUGGGCCCAUAUGGAAGACGGGCUACUUCGUGCUCAAGGUAGUCCACCUGGAAGUUGAUCAGGGAGGUCCCCUGAACAUGUUGAUACUAAACAACCUUUUACAACACCCCAUGUCUGGUAAACCUGUCUUGCCCCCUGGGUACGUGAAAGAUGAGCAGCUGCAGACGGUUGUACCCUGUGCUGCCGUGCUUACGCGCGAUCGCCUGAUGAUGUGUCAUGAGGAGCUGCAAACAGGGUUUGUGCGCUCACUAGGUGGCGCCAUCCUCCACGACCUUGCAAGCAUUAGCGUUGAUCCUCCAUGCAAGGACUAUUGCGUGCUGGUGUUUGAGUAUUCGGACGAUGAGGAUGCAGAAGAUGCCCUGACUUACAUGGAGACCAUGGAGGCAGCGGAGAUGCAUUCGCUGGGUGGGCACACACACAACACGCACUGGGUGCUCUACUUUACAUCGGAGUGGGAGCAGUACAAGUUCGUGCAGUCGCUGGGAAAUACGUGGACCGAAAUCUUCCAGGUUGACAUGCCAAUGAACAUUAUCAGUGCCCAAAAAAUCUAUACCACGUUGGACCACCACUGGAAGAUAAUGUAA